ACAAGGUUGGCUGCAAAUUACUUGACUGAGCUAUGCAAUUCGACAGCAGCUGCUGUGUGUGUCUGGAAAGGUGUGACUGUGUGAGGCUGUCUGUCUGCGAGGUGUACCUGGGGUUUCUUGGCUGAGAACAGGAGGAAACCGAGUGAACAGAAAAAGGAUCUGAGCAUGGUUCAUGCUGCGGCUAUGGCUCAAGGGAAGAAGAGACCAGCGGUCCCCCCUCCUGAUGGGGGCUGGGGCUGGGUGAUCGUGGCCGGCUGCUUUGUGGUCACUGUCUGCACACGUGCCGUCACUAGAUGCAUCUCUAUUUUCUUUGUGGAGUUCCAGAUGCACUUUGGUGGGGACUAUUCAGGGACAGCCUGGAUCCACAGUCUGGUGGACUGCACCACUAUGCUGUGUGCUCCUCUAGGCAGCUUCAUUGGGAACCGUCUCUCGUGCCGCAUCGCUGUGAUCCUUGGGGGCUUCCUGUCCUCCAUCGGCCUGGUCCUCAGCUCUUUCGCUACCAGCCUGGAGUACCUGUACAUCACCCUGGGGGUCCUCACAGGUAUUGGAUUUUCCCUCUGUUAUACCCCUGCCAUUGCCAUGGUGGGGUCUUAUUUCUGUGAGAGGAAAGCCCUGGCGUACGGGAUCGCCAUGUCAGGCAGUGGCAUCGGGACCUUCAUCCUGGCCCCUGUGGUCCAGCUGCUCAUAGAGCACUACUCAUGGCACGGGGCCCUACUCAUCCUGGGGGGCGUUGUCUCCAAUCUGUGUGUCUGUGGGGCCUUACUGCGCCCUAUCACUCUGAAAGAAGAAGAGGAUGCCCAUGGUCCGGUUCCGUUGGACCCCGAGUGUGGAUAUGGGGUGAAAGCUCAGGUGGUGAGCACGUUAGAGGAACCACUGGCAAUCAACAACAGCAAAGACAGCCGCUGCUUCCAGUCUAUGCAGGAGUACCGCUUCCUGCUCAUGCCUGACUUCCUGAUGCUGGCGGUGAGCUUCUUGUUCUUAGCAAGCGGCUGCAGCCUGCCCUUCGUCUACCUUGUGCCCUACGCACUGGAUGUGGGCGUAAGCCACCACAAGGCCGCCUUUCUCAUGUCUAUCCUGGGGGUCAUAGACAUCGUGGGGAACAUCACCUUCGGCUGGCUCGUAGACAGGAGGUGCCUGAAGAAGUAUCGUAAUGUGUGCUACAUGAUUGCAGUGGGCAUGGAGGGACUGUGCUGCCUCUUCAUCCCUCUCCUGCGGACGUUCGCCCUGCUGGUGCCUUUCUCUGUGCUUUAUGGGUACUUCGAUGGCGCCUACGUGGCCCUCAUACCUGUGGUGACCUCAGACAUUGUGGGGACAGCUAACCUCUCCUCCGCUCUGGGGAUUGUGUACUUCCUACAUGCCAUUCCUUACCUGCUCAGCCCUCCAAUAGGAGGCUGGCUAGUUGACACCACAGGCACCUACACGGCCACUUUCUUCCUCAGUGGCUUUGCCCUCAUCUCCAGCUCCCUGGUUAUCAGCACAGUGACUGGGAUACGCCACUGUCGUAGGACCCAAAAGCACAGAAAAAACAAUAAAGACACAGACCCCAAACAGGAGCCUUGUCCAGGCAGCCGAUCAGACUUCUACAUACAGUGAGGGAAUUAAGUAUUUGAUCCCCUGCUGAUUUUGUACGUUUGCCAACUGACAAA